AUGGCUGGUUUGACCGAUGUCGGUGCGGACGGGUUUUAUUACUUGCAGAUCGGCAUCGGUACCCCGGAAAAGAAGUUCAAUGUGAUCCUCGACACGGGCUCUGCCGACGUGUGGCUCGCCGAUGUGGGAUGCGGAGGAUGCAAUGGCAUGGAUCGGUACGACGCAUCAAAGAGCUCCUCGUAUCAUGGCAGCAACAAACCUUUUUCGGUGCCGUACGGAAUCGGAUCGGUCGGAGGGACACUAGCAGCAGACGACGUGAGCAUGGCCGAUUACAAGAUCAACGACCUUACGUUUGGCCGUGCAACGAAACUCGUUAACAAUGCGAUUCGUGCUCCGGCUGCUGGCCUGAUGGGCAUGGCCUUCUCGAAGCUGUCCAGCGCAUCCGCAGCGACAUUUUGGCAAGUGGUGGCGGCCAGUGGGAAAUUCAUCGACCCUGUAUUCUCGUUCCAGCUAGUUUCCAAUGUUGGGAAUGUCAGGUCCGCCACGGACACGAAUCCCGGUGGCAUCUUCACGCUGGGCAAGCUGGACGACUCACAGUACUCGGGCGAUAUUACCUGGGUUCAUACGGCUUCUCAGUUUGGGUCGAAAGGAACGGGAUAUUGGGCCAUCCCCAUGGAUAAAAUCCAAGUCAAUGGCCACACCGUCUCGCUCGGCUCCAACAACGUCGCUGCCGUCGAUACAGGUACAACGUUGAUCGGCGGUCCUGCCGAGCUCGUCAAGGCCAUCUAUGCCAACAUUCCCAACGCAAAACCGGCGCCGGAAAAUGUCCUGGGCGGACGUGGGUAUUAUGUUUUCCCGUGCAAGCAGUCCUUUAAGCUGGAACUGACCCUGGGCGGCAAGGCAUUUACUCUCGACAGUACCACGCUGAACAUUGGCGCCAUUUCAACAAAAGGUGAUCAGUGCGCCAGCGCACUGUUUAUCGCUGAUAAUGAUGCCAGUGCAGGGAUGCCUGGGUGGAUCUUGGGUGAUGCCUUUCUGCGCACCGUCUACACCGUCUUUAGCUGGAGCCCCGAACGGAUCGGGUUCGCAGCGCUGCCCGAAGGUGGUGCCAAGACCUCACCCGACGCGGCGGGGGCACCCAUCUUUGCCAGUGGUCAAUGGACUACCCACGCCCUCUGUGGCAAGCGCCCCGAACGGUGGGGCGGCAUCUUCCAGCUCAGCCCGAAAUAUCCAGAGCACGUCGACAAGCACAUCGAAGGCAUCGUCCCCGAGCAGCACAAGUACACAAUCGUCCUCGUCCAGCGCGGUUUCAGCUAG